UCUUUUUUUGCAACCAUUACCCAUGUAUACAACAUAAUAUGUUGAGCUCAUCUGUUAGAAUAUAGAUGUACUGGAUCGAUGGACUUCUUCCUUUAUUUGAUCUCUUUUAUUCUGUGGGGUUGUUAUUACACAGGAUCGUUUUAUGCUAUUUUUAUCGAAUGAUUUGAAUUCAUCGUGCAAUCCAUGCUUGCGUUUAUUAUCCACAGUUCCAAGUGAGGGUGUUUGUUGAAUCUCUUCCUCUUUUAGAGGGAAACAAAGAUGGAACUCUCGAUCCCAUCCAGCUCGGUCAAAGAGUUCACAGCCAUCCUCAAGACCUUCAAGUCCUUCUCCGACUUCAUCCACAUCCAUCCACUCCCCGCUCGACUCAAGUUCUCGGCUGUCUCUCCCACCAGGUCGACCUAUGCCGUCGCCAUCUUCGAACGGACCUUCUUCGAGUCAUAUGUGCUCUCGAACCCUACCCUGGGCUUGAUCGAAGUGGCUCUCAAGCCAUUGCACAAGAUCUUUGCCCAAUCGAACCUGAUGUCCGCGCUCGAAUCGUGCAAGAUUUCGAUCGAUUCGGAUCAAGCGAACGAAUCGUUAUCGAUUUCUAGACGACCAUCAGGCGUCAACGGAGGUGGUGGCGGAGGACAGACAGGGGGACAGCGAUUGAACCAUCGACUGACGAUCAAACUCAAGUCGACCGUCGGCAUCAUCCGCUCCUUCUCGCUGCCCUACUCCAACUCACGCACCCUCAAUCCGACCGACCUUCGUGCCAAUAAUAGUCCCAACCGUUGGGUCUGUCUGUCCAGUCAUCUCAAACAAUGGCUCGACCAUUUCGUCUCCAAUCCUAAUAUCACUCAGAACCUCGUCGGCGCGCUCGAUGGAAUCGAGGAUAUCUGCUUCUGUUAUCUCCCCGAUCGCCAGAUCCUCAUCAAAACCGUUAAUCUCGCAGACGAAUACACUUCUAAUAUAAUCGUCCCCAAGAAGCAAGAUAUCUUUACGAAAGGAGUGAGACAACUAGCCACAUCAUUGACAGUGAAUUCGAGCGAGUUUGAGAAGUACGAAGUGGAAGGAAGAGGGGGCCCGAUAAUGACGACGAUGGCGAUCAAGGAGGUGCGAUCGAUCAUUGAGCUUGGGAGUGUGUUAGGCAGUGCGGUGGAUGCGGGCUUCUCUGUUGGCGGUCGGCCGGUCUAUUUCUCGGUGCUCAACGAGGAGGGAUGUGUUGGGCUGGAGUUUGUGCUUGCCAGCACGGAUGGGGAGGAGUCUGGGCCGCUCGAGCCGGCCAAAGAGGCCGCUCGAAGGUCGACAGACCGCGCCCCUGGCCGCCGCCCGAUCCCGAUCAAGGGCAAGCAACCGGCCGCUUCGACUAGUAGUAGUAGUCGUGUCGACUCCUCCGCCAGAUCUUCCAUCCAUCUGAAUAGUCCUCGUCCACCAACCAAGAAUCCUCCCGCUGGAAUCCAUCCCAAGCCUCAGAAAUUGUUCAAACCGGCCGAAGAGGUCGAGGAGGAGGAGGACGAGGAGGACGAGCUGGAUAGGAUGCCCGCUGAUGCUUGGGCUCAGGUCGAACAGGAUGCUAUCGCCCUCAGCCAGAAUCGCAAACGUCAACGUCUCUCCCUCUCUCAUUCCGCUAUCGUCGACGACGACGAUGACGACGAACAAUUGUUGCCCUCUCAGGCUCCUCAAAAUCCUAAUGAACAGCCUCAUUGGAAAUUAUUCUUCGAUUGAUUUGUUUCCUCCUCCUCCUUCUUCUUCUUCUGUAAAUAAAAAAAAGGGCAAUGGUUAUUUUUGGUCCUUGGGAUUGUAAAAGAAGGCUUACUGUUACAACAAAUGUAUGCAUGCUCUUCAAAAAAAUUGUAAAGUUGAUAUCAU